AAUCGGUUUUUAAGAAAGAACUUUUGCAAUCCCUGCUUGAAUGCCGAUCGAAAAAAUGACAUUUCAGUUUCGGGGGUGAAGUAUGGAAGAGAGGGGUGUGCGAUUUUGCUCGGGCGGAUAACUGAAGAAAUUGUAUUUUCCAUCUGUUCUAUUUAAUUUUUUAGUUUUCCAUGACUUUGCCGAUAACAAAAUAACAUCGUUCCACCACAUGAAUUUAAUUUUGUACCGCGAAGUGUUCUCCCAAUCAUUAAAUUUAUUUUAAUCGCCACUGCGGUUGUUUGUACUGCUGUUUUUAUUAUUGAUAUUUUUAUUUUACCUCUUCGAUGUGCUUAUAGUCAACAUUUUCUAAUAAAAACGUAAAGUUUACUAAUAAGAAGGUUUUAAUAUAGAAAACCGUAAAUUCUAAUUGGAUUAAUAAGCUAAAAAAAAUAAUUAAAAAAAUACAAAUUCAAACAUGUCUGACGGUCACGGCGAACCGAAUCAGUUGAAUUCUAGUCGAAAAGAUAGUGUGGUUACUGCCAAUGUGCCGAGUGAUAGUCCUGUCACGGACCCGGGGCAGGUCCGCGGCGGGAAUACGGAGGCCGGAGCUGCAGGGAAGUUCGACGGCCAGCGCGGGAAAUCUGGCGCUUUGAAAAAAUCUGCGAGAUACAGAAGCAGAUCACUAUCGGCCUCCUCCGCCGAUUCCUACAGUUCUACAUCAUAUACUGUUGUACCAAGCGCGACAGCGGUACUUAAGGCCCAGAGUUCUGGAGACACAGGGUCAUCAUCAGACGAGGACGAAGGAGUACAACCCCACGAGAAGGCCAUAGCUGCCGGUCAGCCGAACCCAGCCUACUGCGUCAGGAACAUAGAACAACAUGCCUUCGGAAGACGAGAGAUUGAAAUCGCUGAACAGGAGAUGCCGGGGAUCAUGGCUCUUAGAGCCAGGGCUAAGGAUGAUAAGCCUCUUAAGGAUGCUAAGAUCGUAGGCUGCACACACAUCAACGCUCAAACGGCAGUUCUCAUAGAAACGCUAGCGGCGUUAGGCGCGAGUGUGCGCUGGGCUGCCUGCAAUAUUUACAGUACGCAGAAUGAGGUGGCUGCAGCUUUGGCACAUGCGGGUUACGCGAUCUUCGCGUGGCGCGGAGAAAGUGAAGAAGCUUUCUGGUGGUGCAUCGACCAGUGCUGCACCCCCACUGCGACGUGGACUCCCAACAUGAUCCUGGAUGAUGGAGGGGACGCCACGCACCUGAUGCUCAAGAAACACGCCGCUGCCUUCAAACAUAUUAAAGGGAUAGUGGAGGAGAGCGUGACGGGUGUCCACCGACUGUACCAGCUGAGUAAGGCUGGCAAGCUGUGUGUGCCGGCCAUGAACGUCAACGACUCCGUCACGAAGACCAAGUUCGAUAACUUGUACUCUUGCAGGGAAAGUAUAAUAGACGCUCUCAAACGCAGCACGGAUCUGAUGUUUGGUGGCAAACAGUCAGUCGUGUGUGGUUACGGGGAAGUCGGGAAGGGAUGCUGUCAAGCACUCAAAGCCUUGGGAUGUGUUGUGUAUGUGACGGAAAUAGAUCCCAUCUGUGCGCUACAGGCGGCCAUGGAUGGCUUCCGAGUUGUUAAGUUAAAUGAGGUAAUACGCCAAGUAGACAUCGUAAUAACAGCGACGGGCAAUAAGGGCGUGGUCACACGUGAACACAUGGAGCGGAUGAAGAACGGCUGCGUGGUCUGCAAUAUGGGACACAGCAAUACUGAGAUAGAUGUCCACGCCUUACGUACCCCUGAUCUGCUGUGGGAGAGAGUUCGUAGUCAGGUGGACCACAUAAUCUGGGCGAGCGGCAAACGCAUAGUCCUACUAGCAGAAGGCCGUCUAGCCAACCUAUGCUGCUCCUCACUGCCAUCGUUCGUGGUGUCGGUGACGGCCGCCACGCAGGCGCUCGCGCUCAUCGAGCUGUACAACGCGCCCGCGCACCGGUACAAGGCUGACGUAUACCUAUUACCCAAGAAAAUGGACGAAUACGUCGCCAGUCUACACCUUCCGACAUUCGAUGCCCAUCUCACGGAGUUAACGGACGAACAGGCGAAGUACUUAGGCUUGAACAAAGUAGGCCCAUUCAAACCUAACUACUACAGGUACUAGCAUAGAAUCGUUUAUCGCAACAAUAAUGGUCACCGGUGAGUCGCAGUUGCCACGCAGUUGCCACGUAGUUGUGACGCAGUUUCUACGCAACUGCCACGUAGUUGCACCGCAGUUGUGACGCAGUUGCCUACACAGCUGUGAUACUGUUGUAAAGUUACCAUCAUGGCUGCGACGCAGUUGCUUUAAGUUUAGAUAUAAAGGUGUAAUUCCGACACAUUCUUUUGUCGUUUACGGUCGAUGACCCAAAGGUCGACUUCCAUUAAUUGUACUUAAUUUACUAUUAAUAUUAUCUCGAAUAUGCGACAAACACUUUUGUCGGAAUUCCACCUUAAUCACACACAAAAUUGCCACGUAGUUGCGCCGCAGUUGUGACGCAAUUGCCACGCAGUUGCGACGCAGGUAUCGGCGUUUCUUAGUGUUAGUACAUAUGUUUGCUUUGUGUAAAAUAUAUUUAGUUUGAAUGGUUGGGGCGGUUUUGUAAUUUGUACCAUUGUAAAUGCAGUGCUUUUUGAAAAAACAGUAGUUUCGUUGCGAUAUUUUUAUAAAAUACUAGAACAGUUAAUGGAACGCCUUUAAUUUUCCGACGGGUUAUAGUAUAAUCAUUGUAUACCUAACCGUCGGACAUCGAUCGUCGGUCGCAUGCGAUAGAAGCGGGGAUCGGAAUGUGACCUUUAGGAAUUUGGUUUCAUAAAAUCCUUUUCAUAGUAGCUUAUUUGCAAAUCUCAGAUACUACAGGACAGAUU